CAUUUUUCUGUGCAGUUAGCCGGCCACUGCUGUUGUUUUUCUUUUGCUUGCAUCAAGGAAACAUUAAUCGAUACCAUGCGUUGCCGUAUUUUGCGUGAUAUUAAAGCUCGUCAAGCUGUUGCCAAUAACGAAUUGACCCGUCAAGCGUACCGCUACAUUACUCGCAACGAGACGCUUCCUGCUCGUGUUCGUCAUCAAGCUCAGUUGCAACUCAACGCCAUGCCAAAGCAAUCCUCGCCCACAUUUGUGCAGAAUCGAUGUGUUGCCACCGGUCACGGUCAAGGUAUCCUUCGCGAAUUCAAGCUCUGCCGAUUCCAAUUCCGUCUUAAAGCAUUAAACGGCGAAUUACCCGGCGUCAAGAAAGCAUCCUGGUAGACACCUCAUCUUGGAGACUGGAUUUCUCAUUUUUGUUCUUUUCUUUUAUUUUACACCACUGUACAGUUUUCUCAUUCCUUUUCUCUCCUCUUCCAAUGGAUCCGUCACAAAUAAUAAUAAACAACCAAACAAAGAAAAGUAUUGCGCAAU